AUGUUUAGAAACAACUAUGACAACGAUGCAACCACGUUUUCUCCCACAGGACGUAUCUUUCAAAUAGAAUAUGCCAUUGAGGCAAUCAAACAAGGAUCUGCUGCAGUGGGGCUCGUGAGUAAAACACAUGUUGUGCUAGCGGCUCUUAAAAGAAACGCUGAGGAAUUGGGUUCUUACCAAAAGAAGGUUAUUAAAGUUGACAAUCAUAUGGGAGUUGCACUUGCUGGAUUGGCACCUGAUGCUAGGGUCUUGUCAAACUAUUUACGUCAACAGGCGAUGACGUCGAAGAUGGUGUUCAACAGACCAUUGAGUCUCUCCAAGGCCGUCUACUCCUUGGCGGACAAAGCCCAAGAAAACACACAGUCCGCUGGAGGCAGGCCUUACGGUGUUGGUCUAUUGGUGGCGGGGUACGAUUCCUCCGGCGCCCACUUACACGAAUUCUUACCCUCUGGUUCUGUUCUCGAGUAUUUGGGCUCUGCAAUUGGUGCAAGAUCGCAGGCUGCAAAGACUUACCUAGAGAGAAAUAUCAAUGAGUUUCAGGAUGCAACAAAGGAAGAGCUUAUACAACAUGCCCUAACUGCUCUUAGAGACACUCUACCUCAAGAUAAAGAAUUGAAUUCGGCAAAUACUACGGUUGCAAUUGUCGGUGUGGAUCAAGACUUCACAAUCUAUGAUGACGAUCACGUUGAACAGUGGCUAGCGCUCUUGGAUACUCUAAAGAAUGCAAGAAGUACCGGUUUGAACAACGACGACGAUGAUGAAGACGACGAUGACGAGAAUGAGAAUAAGAAUGAGAACGAAUCCGCACAGCCAUCCACAGGCGAGGACGCGUCAUCGGGAACGCAUCCAUCUACAGGAAACGAUGCUGACGCAAUGGAUGUCGAUGCUUGA